AUGGAGAUCAAGCCGGGAGCCGCGGCACUUAUUCGACGUUUGCAGUCUAUGCGGAUACCCCUCGGUCUGUGUACCAGCCGCAGAGGUGAUGGAUUGGAGUCUUUGCUUCAAGAGCGGCCUGACCUCGUCGAUCUACUUGAACCGCUGAAGGUGCGUGUGGUUGGUUCACUUGACCCUCGCACUGGCGAGAAGCUGCCGAGCAAGCCAGACCCUCAGGUAUACAAGGCAUGCGUCGAAAUCUUGGAUAUCAUGCCGGACCAGUGUUUGGUGAUUGAAGAUGCACCUGCCGGAGUGAAAGCUGCGAAGGCAGCAGGAUGCUUCACCGUGGCGGUUCCGGAGGCUUGGAUGGAGGGUGAUGUUGAGGGAGAGCAAGUGCUCGCAUCUGCAGAUUUACGCCUCAAGUCACUGGAGGACUUCCAGGAUUCAGAACUUUGGACGAGCUUGUUUGGACAUUCGCGCCCCCUCCUGGUUGCCUGUGGAAAUGCGACGGUGGACGUGAUUUGCACGUUUGAAACACAAAGACUUGCAAGUUUCGGGUUAUCAGCAGGAAUGGAAGCUGCUGGAAUGUCGGACUCCGUCAAACAAACUCUUGUCGACAUUGCAAAAGAUCAGCCCGGCGCCAAAGUGGUAGCUGGUGGAUCUGCAAUGAAUACCGUACGAGUUGCUGCUUGGAGUGCCGGUGAGCGCAUCCGCGCAUCCUUCAUUGGCGCUGUGGGAAGAGAUGAGCAUGGAAAGAUUCUGGAGCAGGCGUUGCAUGAUGUUGAUGUAGUACCACUGCUUCAAAAGGUCACGAGCCAAACAGGAAUUUGUGGCUGCUUGGUCGACAUCAUCACUAGGGAUCGCACACUUGCAGCGGUUCGGGGUGCCUCGGGGCACCUUGACCCAAGCUGGAUACAUCAGCCUGGCGUUAAAGCACUGAUUCAGGAGGCAUCUCUCCUUUACGUUACAUCGUUCGUUUUAACCACGCAGCCCCGGAUAGCUGCCAUAGAGGCGACCGUGGAACUUGCCAUGAUGUCUGGUGCUCGACUGGCAGUGAACCUGUCGUCAGCAGGGAUAGUGGAGAAGGUUCAGGGCAUGCUGCAGCAGUUGCUGCCCAAAGCUCACUUCGUAUUUGGCAAUUUGCAGGAGCUUCGAGCUUGGGCACAGCUACGUGGCUGGAAUGGAUCCGACAAAGAGAUGGCAGACAAGCUUGCCUGCAUGCUGAGACCUGGUGGAAUGGCUGUGGUGACCGCAGGUGCCAACCCAACGAUGAUUGCACGGAUUGCAAACGAAGAGAUCGUUGAUACAAAUGGAGCUGGCGAUGCGUUCGCUGGAGGUUUCCUGGCAGCUGUCAUCAACGAGCCGGCUUGGGGUGAGGAUGCCAUGGAAUUGUUGUUGCCAACCUGCGUGGAAGCCG